AUAAAAUAUCCUCAAUCCAAAACCCAAAACCUCAAAGCACCGGCUGAUGCUAGGAAUCAGGAUGUUGCAGAUUAAAUUGCAGUUCUUCCCUUCAUCCUUCCCAAGUUCAAAUGUUCUUUCGUCUAAUAAUCUUCCAAUCCUUCCUUCUCCUUUCUUCACAUCAUCGUCCUUCCACUGUUCCCAGUGGCCACUGAAGCAACCUAGGAGAAAGAAGCCAUUGUUGGUGUUGUGUACGAACUCUGAGGUGAGUGGAGGCUAUUUGGAUGGGGAAUUUGGAGUACAAAACAAAAGGAGUAGAACCCAUGAUGAAAAAUGGAACGACAAAUUGGACUCUUCCCAGUAUGAAGCUCUGCUCAAGGGAGGAGAACAGGUCACUUCCGUCCUCCAAGAAAUGAUUACCCUUUUGGAGGAUAUGAACAUGGAUGAAGCAUCUGAGAAGGUGGCAGUUGAAUUGGCUGCACAAGGUGUCAUUGGCAAAAGAGUUGAUGAGAUGGAAUCAGGUUUUAUGAUGGCUUUAGAUCACAUGAUUCAAGUUGCUGAGAAGGACCAAGAUGAUCUGCGCAAAUCACUAUUGGAAGUUGUCAAGGAAACUGUAUUAUCUCAUCUUACAAAAAAAUGUCCACCACAUGUUCAAGUGAUUGGCUUGCUUUGCAGAACUCCUGGGAAAGAAAGCAGGCAUGAACUGUUACGUAGAGUGGCUGCUGGCGGUGGCGCCUUUGAAAGUAAGAAUGGAACCAAAGUUCAUUUGCCAGGAGCAAAUCUAAAUGAUAUAGCAAACCAGGCGGAUGAUUUGUUAGAGACAAUGGAAACUCGGCCAGUUGUUCCAGAUCGUAAACUACUUGCAAGGCUCGUUUUAAUCAGAGAGGAGGCUAGAAAUAUGAUGGGGGGUGGACUACUGGAUGAAAGAAAUGACCGUGGUUUCAGUACACUUCCCGAAUCUGAGGUUAAUUUCUUAACCAAACUGGUAGCUUUGAAACCUGGGAAGACUGUACGGGAAAUGAUAAAAAAUGUAAUGCAAGGGAAAGAUGAAGGUGCUGAUAAUGCAGCUACUGAGGAGGAAGACACUAGGAGUGGAAGUGUUUCAAUUGGAAUAGCAGGAAGGCCGAGUGUAACUGGACGAAAACCACUUCCUGUUCGCCCAGGCAUGUUUCUGGAGACUGUCACCAAGGUCUUAGGUGGUAUAUAUUCUGGAGAUGUACCUGGUAUUACAGCACAACAUCUAGAAUGGGUUCAUCAGAAGACACUUGAAGUUCUUCAGGAAAUAGCAUUCUAGGCUUGUGGAGUUCAAUUCCAUGCUUGCGGUAGUGAUUCUUGAUGGGAAAAUUGAGUAGUCUCUUAACACCAGGGAAUAUUUCAAGUGAAAAGUGCUGGCUGCUUUUGCAAUUUUCUUAUGCAAGUGACAAAUGAGGCGUCCCAAACCGGUAGCAGCAAACAAACAAAGGUCAGACAUUAACAAGCUCAUAGAUUUACUGCAUAGUAAGUACCUAAUUCUUGAACAUACUCUGUCAGUUGGGCAUUUGCUUAUUGAAUGAGCUGAAGUCAAGGAAGAUAUUUCCCAGAUCAAGUAUGCUAUAAUAAUACUUGUUAAUCAGACCUUCAAUGAUAAGCAAUGAAACCCAUAUGUAGCUGAAAUCAUACUUCUAUCGAGAAGCAAAUCAGCCAACAAUGAUGAAGAUUCAAUCUCCAGUUAACAAGAGUGGAAUGCCAUGUGGGGAUUGGGCCUACUUGAUAUACCAUAUUGAUAUAUUGAGAUCAGUGUAGACCUGUGUAAUGAUUUGAAUGUAGUGAGUAGUAGAAGCAAACACAGCAAGGAUUGCUACAUAUUCCCCCAAUUAUUUUCUCAGCUUUUCCCCACAGGCUUCCUUCAUUGCCUUAUUGCCUUUGCCUUUUUAGUAAAGUAAACUUAGUAUAUACAUAAAUCUUCCUAUGAUCC